AAGAUUGGAAAGUCGCCAAGGUUACCCCUAUCUAUAAAUCAGGUGAAAAAUCAGACUGUGGAAACUAUCGACCUAUUUCAGUAAUUUCAACAAUUGCAAAGAUUUUCGAGAAAAUUGUCCAUACACAAAUACUUGAUUAUUUAGACGAAAACUGUAUCAUAUCACCAAACCAGUCAGGGUUUCGAUCACUCCAUUCAACUGAAACUGCACUACUGAGCUUAACAAAUGAAUGGUUAAUAAACAUGGACCAAGGUCUCAUUAAUGGUGUACUAUUCUUAGACCUAAAAAAAGCAUUCGAUACGGUGGACCACAAUAUUCUUUUAUCUAAAUUGACAGCUUAUGGCAUAAAGGGUACAGCACACAAAUGGUUUCAGUCAUAUUUAAGGAAGAGGCAGCAAAUAUGUAAAAUUAACAAAAAAAUGUCGGAUAUAAGAACAAUUACCUGCGGAGUUCCUCAAGGGACAAAUCUAGGCCCGUUGCUAUUUCUCCUUUAUAUAAAUGAUCUGCCAAAUUGCCUUGUAACAACAAGCGCCACAAUGUUUGCGGAUGAUACAAGCCUAUCAUGUAACGGACUAUCAUCCGCAGAUAUAGAGAGUAAACUGAAUCACGAUUUAGAAAUAAUUCACACAUGGUUAACCGCAAACAAGCUGACUUUAAACCGUAAAAAACUGAAUACAUGA